AUGGCAAAAAGCAUUCUAGUCAUCAAUGGGCCAAAUCUCAACCUACUGGGGACUCGGGAGCCAGCGAUAUAUGGCUACGACACGUUAGAUGACCUUGAGAACAAGGUCAAGACAGUUGCGGGAUCGCUCGAAGUAGCUGUCCAGUUCUUCCAAUCCAACCAUGAAGGCGCGAUUAUCGACCGAAUCCACGUCGCUCAGAAAGAGAAGAUCGAAGCCAUCAUAAUCAAUCCGGCUGCGCUUACCCAUACUUCAGUUGGCCUACGUGAUGCUUUAAAUGGCGUGUCGAUACCGUUUAUUGAAGUGCACAUAGCCAAUGUUCACUCCCGGGAGGAAUUUCGUCACCAUAGCUAUCUUAGCGACAAGGCAGUUAGUGUGAUAUGCGGAAUGGGAAUCUUUGGAUAUGAGGCGGCGCUGAUGUAUGCAGCUCAGCAUAUUGGAGCCUGUCGACCUGAGCAGUGA